AUGCCUCGAUUAGUGUUCAAUGGCGCAUUAGAAGCCAAGCUCAUCGAGCUAUGGAACGACCACUGCCAUCACAGAAAUGAACUGGGUAGAUCCAAAAAGAGAGGGUCUGCUGAGAAAGAAGUUGCCCACACUCUUGCAGCUUAUGCUAUUGAGGCCGGAGAGACAGAGCCUAUAACUUGGAAAGUUGUUCACAACAAGGUGGACAAUCUUCGUGCAAAGGCGAAGGAGACGUACAGACGUUACAGGCUCAAACACCAAGACGGAACAUUUGUUGGGCCCAGGGGUGCAGAUUCCUCUUACGAUUUAGAGGGUGCAUUCGACAGUUGGCAGAACUUCAAAGCUUGGCAUACGUAUUUCCGCGAUGUGCCAGGGUAUGGACCCUUACCUCUGCCCAGGGCUGACAGUGAGGCUGGGUUGGAUAUCACCGACACUCCUAGCACUGAUGAUGGCACACCAAGUCACCAUGCUCUUGCUGCGUCCCCGGCUUUAGCUCGUUCCGCGAGCACCCCUCAUAUUGAAUCGUCCUUGUUUUCUGCAAGUGCGAGUGAUGGUGGUUCUGCUGAUGCCGCAGUGUCCCAGCCUGUAUCAAGCCAUCUUGCAGCAGUAGCUGCAACACCACUACCACCACCAUCUUCAUCUUCAUCUUCAUUAUCAUGCAGUCCGUCAACACAGACACCAGUGCCGCAGCAGCAGCAGCCGCAGCAGCAGCCGCAGCAGCAGCAGCAACAACAGCAACCGCAGCAAACACCGCAACCGCAGCAGCAACACCACCAACAUAGCCCCGGUGUAAGUAGUGAGGAGAGAGGCACGGUUCUAGAGCGUACAUUGUACAGAGUGGCUCCGGGCAGUGCUAGAUCGUACGCCGCGGUACGUGCUCGCAAGACAACAUCAUCGAUGGCAGCACUCCGUGAUGCCACCACCACCACCACCACGGGCACUGGCGGCACUGGCAGCACUGGCUUUGACACCGAUCUGCAGCCACCAGCCAAGCAGAGGAGGACAUUGGCAACAGGCUCUGCAUCGUCGAGUAGCCCAGGCAAUAUCGGCAGAACCGCACGCGUACCCACCGCCGGCGGUGGCAGUAGCGGUGGCGGUGUGGCAGUAGCGGUGGCGGUGGCGGCAGUCAUGCAGUCAGUGGUACUGUACCGUUAUCUAUGCUCCAGUCUGUGGUAG